CUUAUCCUCUCCUAGUUCCUUUCCAAGUGGCUGCUUCUACUAGGCAUGCCCAGCUGAAGCUUCAUGCAGUGCAGUAUUUACAAUUCUGGAGCUGCUGCACAGCAAGUAGACAUCUGAAAGCAUGGGGAACUCACAAGUGUUGAAGGAUGCUUGGAAAGCAGACUUUUUCCUGGUAUAGCUGCUAGUACGGCAAGCACAGCAUGUUCGGCGUGGAGGAUCUAUUAGUGUCUCAUGGAUACAAAGUGUCUAAGAACUCACUUUCCUCGUGCCAGCAGUCCCGGAAUGACGGAGACCACCAAGAAGAUAACCGGUCAGGCAGUGGGAUGGUGAAUGGUUUUAAAACAGACCAGGAGGUCUUUGCCGCCAACCCAAAUCCACUCGCUAAGAGCUCCAUCAUCAAUGAUCAUGAAAAGGGUUGCGUGAACAAGAGAAGGCAAAUCAAUUCCACUGGACAUCACAAAGGCCAGCCAUGUUUUGAAGCAUGUCACAAUUCAGAAACAGGGAUCCCCGGCAAAACUCAAAUGGAAAGGUCUUAUUGGACGAAGACUGAUAAAGAUGUUCAGUACUGGAGAAGAAGAGGCCAGGACUUCAGUGUGUUAUUAGGAUACAGAGAUGAUGGAGUGGCAGGAGGCAAAAUAAUAUCCUCACCUGAUUCUGAAGGACAACAGGAGUGCAGUAACAUAGACAGAAAUGCAAAAGAAAGUUAUAGCGGUAUCCUUCAAAACAUGGAGAACACAGGGAACAAUGCUGUCCAUAAGAAAUGGAAAAAGACACUUGAGGAGCAGCCAGAAAAUGUAAACAAAAACACAACGAAAGAUUUGAAAAUAAAUGAGAGAGAUUUGUCAGAUGGACACAGUGAAAAAACAUUACAAGAAUUCAUCUCAUGUUCACUUGGAGACAAUGUUCUUGGGCGUGCUAAUAAGUUAAAAUCACAGUCGUUGCCAAAAGUUCUUUCACCCGACAGUGUAAGGCGCCUAGAAGUCCACUCCGUCGCUAGUGACAGUUCUCAAAAGAAGGAAGACAAAUGCAUAGUAAAUCCUGACUGUAGACGUAGUUCGUUCUCAAAGCCCAAGUACAGUAGACCAUUGAAACCUCCUUCGUACGAACUUCACCAGCAAACGUGGGGGGCAGCUGAAUCCAAUGGAAGUCCGGAUAAUCAAAAAGAUGAUCGCCCAUCCCUUUCCAGCUCUCUUGACUCACCCCAGGACAGUUGUUUUCAAGAGUCAGGUCUUGAACCGCCAAUUUACAUACCACCCCCGUCUUACAAGUCUCCACCUCUUCAACAUGCUACUAAUCAAUAUUUGAAUAAAGUGCCUACCACUGCCAACCACUGUCGCCCAAAUCACCUGGUGGAGAAAACCAGCACGAGUAAUAAAGCACCUAUAAGCUACCCAGGAAAUUUCGUUCCUUACAAUAAACUGGCCAAACACGGGCAUGCGGACAAUUGUAGAGAAUCUGUACAGUAUAUUUCUUUUGAAGACCCUCGUAUAAAGCAUUUUGCAGGUGGGCAAGAUACAGAAAAGCAAGAGUGUAGUAAAAAGCGCAUGGAAUUAAGAGAAUCUAAAAAUCAGGAAACCAGUUUUCAGAAAAGAGACAGAGUCAGUGCCUUUACGAAUUCCAAAAAUGCGGGACAUAAUAAUGUAAAAAGAGAAGGUAUCAAGCACAAACAAUGGUUGCACAUUUCAAUCCCUGAUCAGAUAUGUUAUUCGUUGCCUGAACAUAGAGAAGGGUCCACAGCAUGUAGCUUACCAGACGAGCAUGAACCUAAUCACAAGCUUUCACUAAAAAAGACACACUCGGACAGUGCAUGUGAAACUGUAACAAAAGUGAGAAAGUUUGAGCCUGAGGCCUAUCUCCAGAACAGAAAGAGUUCAAAGAGAAGGCUAAAUGAAACAAUAUUUUGCUUGGUCUCUAUUCCGGUAAAAUCAGAUUCAAAUGCCCCAGAAAUGUCUAAGAAAAACAAAGAUUUCACAGACAGCACAGUCAGGAUGAACAUGUUAAAACACACCAACGAGGGUCUGCAUGAGCAAACGCUUUUAAGUGCGUCUUCCAGUGACUUAGAGCUACAAACACUUACAGGAAGCAUGAACAAUAAUAUAGAGCUACUAAAACAAGCACAGCCCAAAACAGAGGAAAAUAAACAAACGAGUGACCUCAGAUCUGUAGAGCAGAGGAAACAUCGAGAACUUGUGUAUUCUGGUUCCUGGCCAGGUGAUCAGUACAAGGAUCAGCAAACUCAAACUGUGUUUACAGAUAUACAAAAUUCACCACGUUCCGAUAGUUCAAAAACAAACGAGUUGCACGAUAAAUGCUCCAAAUCUCACUGUGUUACUGGGCCGGUCGACUCAAAGCUUCCUACAGAAAAUGGCAGACUCAGCAUGUUUAGUAUGAAAGGCCAAAUGAGUCUCAAUCCUUCCAGCAACAGUGCAUUUUCAAGGACAUCUUCAUUAAUGACAAAUGUAAAUAAAACAGAGGCAUGCCAAAGGCUUCCAUUUUCUAACGAGAUUACAAAUGAAAAAGGAAACAUGGCAUGUGGUAAGAAUGAGCUAGAGGAUGGAAAUCCUUGCAAUAAAAAAGAAGUUUUUGGUCAGUUUCUUUUAAAACCAGUUAGUCGCCGACCCUGGGAUGCAAUAAGUGAACUGGAAAGUUUAAAUAAAGAAUUUCAAGAACAAGAACGUACGUGUGAUGGUGACAAGAAUGUAGCAAAGGAGCAAGUCAAAGGUGUUCCGAUGGAAUUGUCUACAACAACCAAUGCGCCCAAGAAUGGAAUGGUAAAUCUCCAUCAGCAUGUGAUAGAAAUACAAGAGAUUCCAUUGUUCGAGAUUCAAGAUAACAGUAAAUCGGAAAGUCGAGGCACAGAAAGGUCAAUACAUGAUAAUAAAGAGUCUGGGGCUAUAUUACAAAAAUGUGCCAAAAUAAAAGAUUUCAGAAGUAAGUCGGGAAAGUCGUUAGACGAAUGCUUAAAGACAGAAAUACACAUCAAACACAAAAGAAGUGGUAACAUCACACAUACAAAUAACUUUGUUAUAACCCAUGUGGACCAAUCUGAAAAGAAAAUCAAAACACAUUCAACUCAAGCAGACCAUGAUAAAUUUGCUGUAACAAAUUUAUACCAUUUCAGAGAAAACAAAAAUUGCAUUGAAAGACCGACUGUGGAUGUCGAGAAAAUGACCUCCACCAGAUUUGGCCAAAUUGAUGAUAAUACAUUAAAGAAGCUCUCUCUUGCCGAUAAAAGUCAUGGUCUUUCUGUUCCGGAUUUGACCAAACAUUUUGCCAGUACAAACCAUAAUGGAGAGCUUCACGAAGAGCAUCAGGGUGUGGAAAUCCCCGAGAAUGAAUCGCUUUUUGAAAGAGCCGCCAGAAUUCUGGGAAUUGAGGUGGCGGAUGACAGUUUAGUCUCUACUGAGAGUUCUGAAACUCAAAGUCCAGAAAUUCUGGUCUCCAAAGAGGUAAAAGACACAGAUAAAGUCAGUGAAAUAUCCUUUUCUACAAGCAAAACCCCAGGAAUUUCAAACAAUGGCCUUCAUUCCACUUCAGACGCAGAAGGAGCCACACAGAAAUUAGUAAACCUUGAUCAAAGCCACCGGGCACCUUUGGUUUGUUCUCCAAAUAGUGAAACGAAUGUUUCCCGAAGUGCUGAGAAAAGAUUGAGGAACACAUCGAAAAUGAUUGAAACUUUACAAGGAAAGCUUGCUUCCACACCGGUUCGCACGGCUGUGGAUCGCCUGGCUCGAAUGAAGGAAGUUGACUCGGUAUCGCGAAUACGAAGACUAAGCAUUAAAAGCACAGAUUCAGGCGAUGAAAUAGAUGACGACAAGCACUUGCACAGACAACAGGAUCCGGGUCCGCAUAAAUUUUCAGCGGGUUCCAUUUAUAAACGGGUUAUAUCUCUUGACGAAAGUUUAUUAAUCAACACAAAGAGCAGGGAAACUUUACAUCUGCCAUUUGCUGAUGCAUAUGACCCAGCCAGAGUGGAAAGAGUUUAGUGUGUGGAUCGUGCGCACGUGAUGUCAAGAAACAUGAAGUUACUGGAAUCGCAGGCCAAGUUUUUAUCAGCGAAAUCAACUGAGAAUUGUGGGGCUUCUUGUAAAAGUUAUUAAUGGCGUGUAUAUACUGCCUUUAAUACUGCCAAAACAUCAUUAUUCACAAUAUACUCAUAUAAGAUAUAACCCCGAGAAAGAAAGAAAUCAGAGUUACUUGGAGCACAUUAGUUUGAUUUUGACCUAAUUUUGACCAAUGCAGUUCACAUUAGAAGCGUUUUUCGGAACUCCUGAUACAAUUCUGUUGUACAUUUUGAAUGUAACAUUGAACCGUGCACAACUUUAACGAUGCAGGCAAAUAGUUAUUUAACACUCUUUAAAUAAUCUGAAUGUAUACACACUGACACUUUGCAUAGGACUUUGAAGAUUAUUAUUUGUCUAUUAGAAAAAUACUUUAAGAUUAUUAUAAUUAUCAUCAUUAUUUUGCUUUUGUUAUGCCUUUGUUGUUAAAUGGGGUUUUUUUAGACAUUGCCGCAUUACAGUCAGGUGGUGAAACAUGAAACGGGAUUGCAACGUUCCGUAAUAAUUGGACUUCGUUAAUGCUUUUUGAAUGACAGAAUAUUUUAAUGGUUGAAAGAAAA